ACACACUUCCAUUGCUUUAGCCAACAUAUUUAUGUUGAAAUUUUGAGUCAAACUGUGGCUAGUAUAACUUUUACAAACGUAAAACGUGUUGACCACCUGGAAAAUUCACCAGUCUCCGUUUACCAUCUAGCUGUUUACAUGUGCACUGUUGUUGCCGUUGGGCAAUAUUACCAGUCAAUUGUUUGACAAAAAGAGUAGUGGGAGAAUACGGUGCGGUUGUGGGCCGACAGGACAGGAGCGUGCCUUAGCCGGACCAUAUGGAUGAGGAUGAGGGCGCGCGUUCUGGCCUGUUCACAUCGCUGGUUCACGAGUCACGACAGUCGUCGCUUGGUCCCGGCACUCCGGAAAUCCCUGUGCGAGAUUGUUGAUGGCCCGAUUGCCCAGUCAAAGGUUCCGGCUAGUACAUAGGACAUGCUCAAUCAUAGGCUGCUCGCAAUUCUCUUGCGCCUUUUCUCACACAACCCCAGCACGGCAGCACCCCUUUCUUCUUCACUGGAACUGUCGAAGCUUCGCUGUUCUUCUCUCUUGGAGUUCGUCGAAACCUUGCUCAGUUGCCAGGCUCUGAUGGAUCCCAGCUUCGCCUCCCCCGUCUGGGCGGUGUGGUCGUUGAUACUGAUGCUGGCAGCAUCAGCGACGGCGGCACCGGCCAACGUGCAAGGAGGAGAUUGCUCGGCCAAUAUAAGAUGCGGCAAUCUGAACAUCUCCAAGCCAUUCGGGAUCGUUCCAGAUCAAGCAACGGAGCCCAACUGUGGUUCGCUUGGUUUCCAGGUCAUUUGCAAGAACCACACUCCGUACCUCGGGUACUACCACCCGAACAAGAACAUUCCUGACUACUACCAGCUCCAGAUCCUGGACAUCUUCUACGGCAACGGAUCCUUGCUUGUCGCGGAUAUGGAGAAGCUUGAGGACUUGAGAAACCUGACCCAUGAAGACUGCCAACAAUACAGAUUCCCUACAGCUAACACCUCAUCGAAGAUAGCUCUCCCGUUCUCGAUCGACCCCAUCGUCAAUCAGAACCUCAUCCUCUACAACUGCACCAAGCCGCCGGCGCCGGCAGCGGCAGCGGCCGAGGGGCUUGCGGAGAGGAGUUGCGGAAACAACACGCUUUAUGCUCGCGUCGGAGACGAGCGGGGCAACUCCAGCAGCGAUGACUUUAUUAUGGAGGGCUGCACUGCCAUCUUCGUGCCGGUGCGUGGGGGAUAUGGCAAGGCGAGCGCGAGCAACUACGCGCAACUCCUCAGCGACGGCUUCCUCCUGACAUGGCAGCUGACACCGCAACCGUUGCAGCUGCCACCGCCACACCCACCGUUGCAACCGCGAGCAGGUAGUAGAAAUGGAACUGGAAGGAAGAUAAUACUAAUAGUUUUGAUGACAGUAGCUGCAAGCUUGCUCCUACCAUGUAUAUAUGUGCUUGUAUGGCAUAGAAAGAGAGGAAAGCUACAUUUUUUCCUAUGUGAAAAGACUAGCAGAAACACUGAAAGGAACAUUGAGGCCCUACUAGUAUUGCAUGGAUCCCUAGCUCCGAAAAGAUACAAGUACUCAGAAGUAACAAAGAUAACAUCUUCCUUUGAUAAUAAGCUUGGGGAAGGUGGUUAUGGUGCGGUUUUCAAAGGAAGGCUAGAUGAUGGUCGUCUAGUGGCUGUGAAAUUCUUGCACAACUCCAAAGGAGAAGGAGAGGAGUUUGUUAACGAGGUUAUGAGCAUUGGCAGGACCUCUCAUGUUAAUAUUGUUAACUUAUUUGGGUUUUGUUUGGAAGGCUCAAAGCGGGCCCUAAUAUAUGAGUUCAUGCCCAAUGGUUCUUUGGAUAAGUUCAUAUACUCAGAGAAUCCUAAAGCAGUUUUAGGAUGGGAUAAGCUCUAUACAAUAGCGAUUGGAAUUGCUCGAGGAUUGGAAUACUUGCAUCACAAUUGUAAUACACGCAUUAUCCAUUUUGAUAUCAAGCCUCAAAAUAUCCUUCUAGAUGAGGAUUUUCACCCAAAGGUUGCUGAUUUCGGUUUGGCCAAAUUGUGCCAUACCAAGGAGAGCAAGCUUUCUAUGACUGGUGCUAGAGGGACAGUUGGUUUUAUUGCUCCUGAAGUGCACUCUCGAACCUUUGGAGUUGUUUCAACAAAAUCAGAUGUUUAUAGUUAUGGAAUGAUGCUAUUAGAGAUGGUUGGAGGUAGAAAAAAUGUGAAAUCAGUUGCUCAGAAAUCAAGUGAAAAGUAUUUUCCACAUUGGAUUUAUGAUCAUUUUAGACAAGGUGAUGGAUUACAAGCAUGUGAGGUCUCAAGUGAAGAUGAAGGAAUAGCCAAAAAGAUGAGUGUGAUUGGCCUGUGGUGCAUCCAAAUACUACCAAUGCAUCGCCCUACAAUAGCAAAGGUUUUGGAAAUGUUUGAGCGAGGUUUAGAUGAUUUGGACAUGCCACCGAGACAAAACUUCAGCCAAAUUCUCGAAGAUCCAUCUUAAAAUUUGAAUGCAGAAAGCACGAGUACAAGAAGUGGUACCAAAACUCAAGUUUUUAGCGAAGUGCUAAAAAUGAAGGAGAUGAGCGUUGUGAAUUCAAAAAGCUUACAUCGGCUACCAACUCUGUGACAAGGUUACCUAGCAUUGGAAUUAUGCACUGAACUUAUGCAUCUAUAUGAGAGAGGGUAGAAAUCUUAAGUUACUCUGAUACUUGUCUCAAAAGAAACAUGCCUACUAUAAUAUUUUGCAUUCAAAGUCAUUAAGGUCCCAAGAAGGAAAGUUUUGCAACUAUGCAUACGAUAUUUUGACAUAAUCCUAACAUUUCUAUAUUUUUGUUA